AUUGAAGUCAGAGAAAAAUGUUUAGUACAAAUGCUUGUCUUUAAAAAGAAAAAUACCUAAAAACAAAUCGUUUCUUAAAACAAUAAAGUCGUUUCCCGAGGACCUUUUCUAUUCCCAUUUCCGAAUGAAUUGGGCCACUUUUAAAAAUAAAUUUGAGGAGCGAACUGUCAAACGAACGAUGAGAGAGAGAAGAACAAAGGGAAAUAAGAAAAACCCAGUGCUACCAAAAGCUUGGCAGGAGAUUUUAUCUUAUUUUAUGCGUGCACGCAUAAAUAUAAUUAUCUCUUCGGAUGUGCAUGACGGCAGCCUGAAACUCUAUGCCGAAUAUAUGAUGCGUUUCCAGGAUAUUAACAGUGACAUGCACGAACUGUUGGCUUUCGAAGAUGUGUUGGAAGAGCCGCUGCAACCAUUGUACGAUAACUUGGAUUGUUACACUUAUGAGGUCUUCGAAAAGGAUCCUGCCAAAUAUAAGCUUUAUCAAGAGGCCAUUGAACAAGCACUUUUGGACCGUGUUGCUGAAAAAGACAAGGAAAAGAAAUUGACCGUUAUAAUGGUGUUAGGGGCAGGUCGAGGUCCACUUGUACGUUCAGCGCUAAAUGCCGCAGAAAACACCGGGCGUAAAGUGCGCGUCUACAUUAUCGAGAAAAAUCCCAACGCUAUACGCACACUGAAUGCUAUUGCUAAAAAAUUGUGGUACAAGAAAGAUGUGCAUAUAUUCUCUAAGGAUAUGCGCGAAUUCUCACCACCUGAACCAGCCGAUAUUCUAGUCUCUGAGCUAUUGGGCUCAUUUGGUGAUAAUGAACUUUCACCAGAAUGCUUGGAUUGUGCACAAAAACUACUAAAAUCCGAUGGCAUAAGCAUUCCCUGCAAGUCUACCUCCUAUAUCAAUCCAAUAAUGUCUUCCAAGCUGCUUAAUGGUGUGCGUCAAGUGCUGCGUCACGAGACAUUUGGUCGGCAAAAGCAGGCCACUUAUCAUACACAUGCAGAGAGUGGCUUUGUUGUGCUACUCAAAAAUAUAUACAAUAUUGGCUUGCCACAAUCUUUGUUCGAAUUUGUACAUCCUAACCCUCAAAGUCCAAUUGAUAAUAGUCGCUAUAAAACAUUGCGCUUCGAAGUGGAAUUGGAUUGUGUGCUUACGGGUAUAGCGGGCUACUUUGAUACGGUGCUUUAUAAGGAUAUUAAGCUGAGCAUUAACCCACAAACGCACACGCCAGGCAUGUUCUCUUGGUUUCCGAUGUACUUUCCGUUCACGGAACCAAUGGACGUAAAAAAAGGUCAAACUAUUGAAAUUCACUUUUGGCGUUGCGUUACAAAACAAAAAAUUUGGUAUGAAUGGUGUUUGGCUGCGCCACUCCGCACCCAUAUACACAAUCAUGGUGGACGCUCGUGUCCCAUCUACUGUACAUAAGCAUAAAGACGUACGUUGCAUACGUUUAUAAAUAUUCUAUACAAAAAUUAGAAAUAUAAAAUUCGUUCACCGAAAAACUUGACAAAUUUAAAAUGAUUAAUAAUUUGCUAAAUUCUGUUAAGGGAUUAAUAAAUAAGUGUCUAUUAUUUCGCUAUGACUUUAAUAAUUGAAUCAGAAACACUUUGUAACCGAUUUCUUUAAGAAUCCGAAAUGUAUGUAUGUUGUAUUAUAAACCAAAUAUUUUUAUAUGAUAUUAAAAACAUUGAAUAGGAAAUGGCUAAUUUUUUCUUAAUAGCAUAAAAGUUACUCUACAAAUUUGGCUGUUUAUAGUGCAAAAAUAAGCUUUUAUUUACAGAUAUUUAUAUAUAUUUUCGUUUUUGAAUUAAUUUAUGUACUUUAUUUUUUGCAUUGUUUUGACUAUAACUUUUUUUAGAAAGCACAAACUUUAGUUCAUGCAGCAUAUUUUAUUAAACAUUUUUACCCCGUUUUUCUAUUGCAUUAUGAAUAAAGCCAAGAUUUUUUCAGAGCUAUUAAUGGAAUAAAAAGUUAUUAAAAACAUCAUUCGACAAUAUCAUAUGCUAGAAAUGUGAAAUAAUAAGACACAAACAUUGUAAAACAAAUGCUUAAUUUCCUCAUUUAAAUUUAAUAAAAAUAAAAUCACACUUAAUGCAAAAAUAA